AUGUCCGACACGGAAAGCGAAGGGUCGAGCAGCGAUCCCUACUCCUCUCGGCCACCCGCUACGAGUAGGCUGACCGGGGCAUGCAUUGGCUGCAAGGCACUCAAGCAUCGCUGCGAGUGGAUCAUUGAUGAGGGGAUCUGCAUGAAGUGCAAGACGACUGGAGCAGACUGCGUUCCCCGUGGACGCAAGAAGCGCCGACCCGCCAUGUCUCAUGAACAGCUAAGGAAGCGCUCGCUGGCUCAAGACGCCCACAUUCAGUCGCUGUUGAGCCAGCUAGAUGGGCUGAAGCGGCAAUCCGGCAUACGGAAUUUCGUCGACGAAGCGCAGGCGGAAGCGACCACCAUGAGGGCAACACCAAAUGGCCUGACUGUCUACCUCGACGAGGAUCCGACCGGUGGCUCACGGUGCGAACCUGGUGGAGGUGAAGCUAUCCCUUCAUGCGAGCCGUCCGCAGCAAAGGCAAGGGCGACUGCCUCGUUCUUCCUUCCGUACUACUCAGUCAUAGAUUUUGAGACAUUCAAAUGUCCGCCAAUACUCAAAUGUGGCCUUUUCGGACCCGCGGAGGUGACAGCCCUAUUCAAAUUAUACUUCGAUAAACUACAUGUGAUGGUUUUCUCCGCUUUCAACCACUUACACGAGUUGACCGCCUACCCCCAGCCAUCCUUCGCACUGCUAGAUCCUGUAUUGCACACCCCGGAAUAUGUCUUGUCAAGAUCGUCUCUACUCUUUACGACCGUGCUGUAUAUUGCGGCGCGGUUAUGGACACAUCGGCCCAAGCUUUUCAACCUUGCCUGGGCACACGUAGCUGAAAGCGUGAAAGCGGCUGUCACAGAGGGCUCCAGAACGAUCGAGACAUGUCAGGCUUUCACAUUGAUGUGUCUCUUCCCUGCCCCUCAGCAAAGGUACUGGAAUGACUCACGGGGCCGGAUGCUCAUGGGGGUCGCCACUCGAAUCGCUCAGGAUCUCAAGCUGGACGACCCACCACCUGCAGACCUUCCCGAGCGUGAGAAGCUCAACCGCCUCCGGACGUGGUUCCAGAUCGUCUCCGUCGACGCAGCGCAUGCCAUCCAGAAAGGCCAAGCAACAAUGAUCCAGAGGAACAACUUCACCGCCCAGAUGAUGGACAUAUGGUAUAAGUGCUCGCCGCUCAACUCGCCGUACGACGUCUACUGCAGUGCCUAUGCGGACCUGAUGCUGUUUGUGUCGAACUUGUGGGGACCUAUGGGGCACACGAGCAUGAACUCCCAGGAGGAUGAUGAGGUCAUCGAAACCGUACUGGGAUAUCAUCGCAGUGUAUGCAACCAGAUCGAGGUGUGGAAAAAUCGCAUUGCUGAGCAUCAGAGAGAUGCCUCUGUCGCUGCACAUCGCGACCCCAAGUUGGCUUUUCUCGGACACGCCUUACGCUUGACAGUUUUGGGCGUGGGCUUCCAGCAUUCUGUGAAGCGCAUGCUCCACCCCAACAUGGAGCUUCUCAGUCUUGCAAUCGAUGCGGCACGCCACGUCCUGAAGCUUGACAUCGAGCACAUAUACCCCACGGGUACCUUGCGCUACGUGAUCGAGCCGCAUCACAUGUACGUGACGUACUCGGCAGCGUUCCUCAUCAACCUACUGCGCCCCUGCCUGGCUCCUCUGCUUCAAAGCUCUGUCCGUGUGGACAUCCUCCGCGAAGUCCGCUCCCUGAUCGAGCUUUUCAACUCCAGAGACGUGGCAGUCGACAGGGCCCAUCUCGCUGCCGUCUAUGCUGCCUUUCUCGAGGCGUUGUUGGACCAAAUGACCGCAGGGGAAGGCCUCGCGGACGACCCCGCCGCUCACCCAUCAACGCCGACCCAGAGCAACGUUUCGAGGAUGCCGGCCGCCGCAUCAGCGAACCAUGGCAGCUCCAGUCAUGUCAUAGACAUAGAGACGUCGCAAGGCGCCGAGUUCACCUUCGACCGGUUUGUCGUGGACAUCACCACACAUCAGGAGAGCGCCUAUCCUGCGCCGCCCGCUGCGACUUGGCACGGAUUCCCUGUGGACGAGGGUACCUGGUGA